CGUGGAAUCGUUGGGCAGCGGAAGUGUGGAAGCAGAUGUGACAGCAGUUCAGGGUGUCAACAGCGGAGCUGCAGAGAAACAAUGUUGCAGUUACAUUUCACGAAUGAUACAUUACCCGACAAUGUCAGCACUGACUUUCAGAAUCUGAAUAAACUCAGUGAACAGCAGUUUGUGAGGCUGACAGAGAUCUUAUACCAGUUCCUUCUAGAACCCAAAGAGUCAGAGCGGUUCUUGCGUCAGCUGACAGAGUUUGCUGGAGAGAAUGGGAUGAGUGCAGGACCACUGAGGGCUCUGAUGAAGAGUGUCCUCCUCCUACCUCAUGGUGCUUUAAAAAGAAACCUAACAGCUGAACAGGUGAAGGCAGACUUGCUGUCAUUAGGAUUAAAUGAAGACAAGGCCCGUCAUUUCUCUGACCAGUGGAGAAUCCACUACCCUGUUUUGUCCAGACUGGCCGUGGGACAGACACUAAUGGUCAACCAGCUUGUUGACAUGGAGUGGAAAUUUGGUGUUACUGUUGGUACAAGUGAGCUGCAAAAGACUGGAAAUAUUUUUCUACAGCUGAAGCUGGUGAUCAGAAAAGGAAACACGACAGAAAAUGUGUACAUGGAGCUGACUUUACCUCAGUUCUACAACUUCCUCCAUGAGAUGGAGCGCGCCAAAGCCAGUAUGGAUUGUUUCAGUUAACUGGGGUCAUUGUAAUCAGAGUUUGCCUCUUUGCCUGUUGAUCAGUAAACAACUGUAAUAAUGUUCCCAUACUCACCAAAUGUUUCAAGAAGACACGUUAAUAAUUAUAAUUCACCAAUCUUAAGUAGUUGUGUGAUUGUUUGCACCCUUAUAGUCUGUUUUGGGACAAAGACCACUUUCCACAUUACUGAUGAUCUUCUGUUUAUUAAACCUUUGAAACAUUUCUUUGUACCAGCAAAUGUGCUUUUUGUACUUUGUUCAUUAAUAAAAUAAUAUAUUUUAAAUAAAA